AUGUUGUAUUUGCGUAUCAAGUUUAUGUGGUUGGUUGGGGUUACUCUGUUAGUGUCUAGUCCAAUAAUCAAAGGAGCAGAUGAUCGUGCUAUGUUCGAUUGUAUAUUGUUUCAAAUCUGUGAAUGUGGUGAUGUUGGUUUUUAUAUAGAUUGCUUCAGUAAAGCUCCAGAAAUGUUGCGAAAUCGUACGGCUUUUGCCCUCCAUGACUGCGAUUUGGGAUUUCUUGAAAGAUAUGACCCACCAACUAUAGAAAAAAUUUCUUGUAGUCUUGACCGUGAUAUAGGCUAUCCAUGUUUUAGUGAAGCCUACAACGCAAUGAAAAACUACGAACGGGAGACAUCUCGUGAUAUAAGAAGAGUAGACGAAAAAUAUGAAAUUGAAAACGGAAAGAUGAAAUUUUGUGGUAUUCCAAUCCUAUCCACACUUUUCAAAAAACGGAGAGGGAAAUACACCCUCUCCAAACCACAUCACGACGCCAACACCAAUGUUGUGCUCGUGAACUAUCAAAAACUUCAGGGCAACUUCGAACUCACUCAACGCCUUCCAUGGCUACAAACAUCUAUGCCCAAAUAUCCAACAACCACCACCUUUUAA